CGAUGUGUUUGGAAGAAAACUUGAGGGCUCGCAAGUGAGUCGUGGUCCUCCAGGCAUUGGUUUCAAUUUUACACCGGACGGUGAUUUUGAUUUAGAAAACAAGCGACUUUGCAACCUAGGACCGCCCAAUCAUCCGAACGAUGCAAUCACAUUGCAUUCACUGAAAUGGUGAAGUUAUAGAAGAAUACAAGUUGAAAAACAUCAAUUGGAAGUGAAUGCAAAAUUGCGUUAUCUUUAUAGCACAACUCUAUAUACAUGAGACCACGAAAGAAAAGGAGGAAAAUUUUAGAAACUACCAAUGAAUAGGAAGUUUGACAAGGAGAAGGGAUAUUUUCUUGGGAAGGGAUGGAUUUUCUAUCUUUGCUCGAAUGAGAAGUGGUCAUCUUCGACAUUGCAAAGCUGAGGAGUAAGUCAUGACGAGGAGAAGGGAUAUUUUCUUGGGAGGGGAUGAAUUUUCUAUUUUUAGACCAAUGAGGUCUAUGCUUCUUUUUGACAACCAAUUGUGUGACAACCAAGGUGGAGUUUCUUCUUAUAUAAGCAGGUUGACAAAAUUCAUCUGUUCAUUUACAAUAAAUUCGUCUUAUAGAACUAACUCUACGAAGCUGCAAGAUGACUGCAAUGUGUGAAUACAAAAAGAUGUUUCAAAAUACCAUACUGAAAUAUCCGGAAGAAAAUGUUUAUAUUGUUGACAUACAAGGAUUUCAAAGAAUUGCUGCGGAUACUUUCAUUUUCAAGGAAAUUAGUUUUCUCAACAUAAGAAAAACAGCUUUACCAACUGCUUACCUCUUCAAAUCUCCAAUGCCGUGGGAAGAACUUACCGAGGAAGAAAAAUGUAUGAUACAUUGGCUAGAAAAAAGUCACCAUGGAAUUGAAUGGAAUUCUGGUGACAUUCCAUACCAUCGACUUCAACAUGUCUUACAAAUCUUUACACGAGAUGUUAAAAAGAUAUUCGUUAAGGGAGAACAGAAAGCACUGUGGUUGAAAAAUUAUUUGCCGAAUACUCUAAUAUGUAAUGUCGAAGAUCUUGGAUGCCCUCCGCUCGAGAACAUAAAAAGUAAUAAAAAUUACUUUUGCUUGUACCAUCAUCUUUCUAUUAGAAGAAAACCAUCAUGUGUCGUCCAUAAUGCUCUUUCAAUAAGAGCAUGGUUAUUAAAUUAUUUGUCUGAAAAAUUUAGUCAGGACGAAGUUGAUAAUUAUUGA